AUGUUCAAAGUAAUUCUUUGCCUUACGACUGUCGUUGCCCUCGUCCAUUCCCAUGGAAUGUUGAUGGAUCCCGUUAACCGUGCGUCUCGUUGGCGUUACGAUUCCUCAGCUCCCAUCAACUACGACGAUUCCGAGCUAUGGUGCGGCGGUCUUACAGUUCAGCACAACACCUAUGGCGGCAAGUGUGGUAUCUGUGGUGAUACCUACGGAAAUCCAAGACCCCGAAAACACGAACUCGGCGGCGGACCAUUCGGCGAAGGAGUAAUUGUGAAAACCUAUCCUGCUGAUUCCAUUAUCACAGUUACGGUAAAGGUGACCGUUAAUCACAUUGGUUACUUCUGGUUCGACUUGUGCAAGAUGGAUGGCAAGAAUCGCGAAGAGGAAGAAUGUUUCACGAAAGUUUUGACGGCAGCGGGUGAGGAAAAAUGGUAUGUGCCAUCACGCGAGUCGAAAGAUUAUGAAGUUCAGUUGAAACUGCCUGAUAUUGAGUGUGAACAUUGUGUCUUGCGAUGGACUUAUGUGGCUGGCAACAAUUGGGGACAGUGUGAGGAUGGAAGUCACGCACUUGGAUGCGGACCACAAGAACAUUUCCGUACGUGCAGCGAUAUCUCUAUCAAAGGAGGCUUCAUGUCUGAAUUGGUGGAUGAGAUUCCGGAACAAGUUGAAGAUAACAGCAUUUAA